UAAAAUUUGGUAUGAAAGAGUUUUGCGGUUUGAAACCCUGAUAAUUAAAAAACAGGGAAAAUCAACUCAAGUCCAGUCAGGAAGCGGAAGUUGUCGAAGCUUGGCAGGACAGGCUAACCAGAAGGAAGAAGAAAAAAAACAGAGGACGGCUAAUUUAACAUUUAUUUUACACUUUGACAGAACGAAAACACAAUGCCACCGCACUCCCCAUUUCACGCAAAGAAAUAGUUUUUAAUCGUUUUCUUUUAUUUUGUUUUGUUUUGCCGUGUCCCCGCUGAGUUAGCAUGCCGGCUAGCGGACAAGCUAACUGGGCUACUUAACGCCUUGUCAAAUGCCCGUCGGUUUUUUUUGGACCGGGAAGACGAAACCACUCAGUCGAGAUCUGGGAAUUAUUAACAUUCACGCUCAACCGACCAAACAUCGCCGAUGACCGGGACCGCUAUGAAGAACUGUUUGACAAGAACUGCGGUUAUUUGCACUCAUCUAACCGUUGGGGAGAAGGCCUUUGUGAUGUCAAAAGCCUUUGGUUUUUCUCUGCUUGGCCGUCCACAAAGUGACAGUGGAUUUAAGUUCCUUCUCAGAGAAGUCGACAAUUGAUUAUUAAAAUUACAAAAUAACAUCAAACUCAUCGAUGUAUUUGGGCUACGUGUCACACAUCCUGCUUCCGAUAAGAUCCGGAUGACAGCAUGGAAAAGUAAACAAUUGCAUGCUAAUGCCCGGUGACCCUGUCAUAGCUCGAACCAAUGAAAUGACAGAUUUACAACUUUGUUGUUCGGCCUUCACUGUGUAAUCCUUCCGUACUGUUGAUCGAUUUCGAGCUAUUCUUGAGAUAAAAUGCCGAUAGACUAAACGAGAAGUUGCAUCCACAUUUUUUUUUUUUUUUUGCACAUCUGGCCACGAUGCCAGCCGCGCUGUUCCUGUUGAUGCUGUUCUCAGCGUUAUGUAGCCUGGGACACGCCAUGUCGCGGGACGAGAAGCAGAAGUUGAGGACCCAAGUGGUAGAGAUGUUUGACCACGCGUACCAGAAUUACAUGGACCAUGCUUACCCAGCCGACGAGCUGAUGCCUUUAACAUGCAGAGGAAGAGUACGAGGCCUGGAACCCAGUCGAGGCGACGUGGACGAUGCGCUCGGAAAGUUCUCGUUGACCCUCAUAGACACUUUGGAUACUCUUGUGCUUUUGAACAAGACGGCGGAGUUCGAGGCCGCGGUCAGGAGGGUCUUGUCAGACGUCAGGUUGGACAAUGACAUCGUGGUGUCCGUUUUUGAAACCAACAUUCGAGUCCUCGGGGGUCUGUUGGGUGGUCACUCCAUGGCUGUGAUGCUGAAGGAAGAAGGUCAACACAUGCGGUGGUACCAGGACGAGCUGCUGCACAUGGCCAAAGACCUCGGCCUCCGACUUCUGCCGGCGUUCAACACCAGCAGCGGCCUUCCUUACCCCAGGGUGAACUUGAAGUACGGCGUCAGGGGUCCUGAGACGCGGACGGGCACAGAAACGGACACCUGUACGGCGUGUGCGGGAACCAUCAUCCUGGAGUUUGCUGCCUUAAGUCGCUUCACUGGGGAUCCUGUAUUUGAGGCCCACGCCCGGAGAGCCCUGGACUUUCUUUGGGAGAAGAGGCAGAGGAACAGCAACCUGGUGGGGACCACCAUCAACAUCCACUCGGGAGAGUGGGUCCGCAGGGAUAGUGGAGUUGGAGCGGGGAUUGACUCGUACUAUGAGUACCUACUCAAGGCCUACGUCCUCCUGGGUGACGACCAGUUUCUGCAGCGAUUCAAUAUUCACUACGCAUCCAUCAUGAAGUACAUUAGCCAGCCCCCCCUGCUGUUGGACGUCCACAUCCACAAACCUCUCCUUCCCGCUCGCACCUGGAUGGACUCCCUGUUGGCGUUCUUCCCCGGGCUGCAGGUGCUGAAGGGAGACAUUCGUCCGGCCAUCGAGACUCAUGAAAUGUUGUAUCAAGUGACCAAGAAACACAACUUCCUACCAGAGGCCUUCACGACUGAUUUCAGGGUACACUGGGCUCAGCAUCCUCUGAGGCCAGAGUUUGCAGAGAGCACCUAUUUCCUUUACAAGGCCACGGGAGACCCGUACUAUCUUGAAGCGGGUCGCACCAUCAUGGACAACCUCAACCGCUUUGCUCGGGUCCCGUGCGGUUUCGCUGCCAUGAAGGACGUGCGGACCGGCAGCCACGAGGACCGAAUGGACUCUUUCUUCCUUGCCGAGAUGUUCAAGUACCUCUUCCUGCUUUUCGCUGACACGGAGGACCUCCGCUUCAACGUGGAGGAUUACAUCUUCACGACCGAAGCGCAUCUUUUGCCUCUGUCCCUGUCCACAGCGCUCCACGCGUCGUCGGUUCCCCCAAACAGAACGAUCCCUCAGUCGGAGCAGGAGCUGGACGACUCGAACUUCGACUGGACCUGCCCCAACACGCGCCUCCUCUUUCCUGACCCGGCCUUCCCCCGAAACCUGAGGGAACCGAUCCGUAGCGCCGUAGAUAAAAGCUGCCCACGUCCUGCUCCUUACAGGGAGCCCGGCAUGGGAGCCCCCCCUCUGAGAGCCCAGGACUUUAUGGCCAACAACCCGGAACAUCUGGAGCUGCUGAGGAGGAUGGGUGUCAGCCUCAUCCACCUGAAGGAUGGCAGGGUGCAGCUGGUCCAGCACGCCACGCAGGCGGUGAGCCCCGUAGCCGCUGAGGACGGCGUCCGCUUCAUGCAGGAGAUGAUGGAGCUUUCUAGCCAGCAGCAGAAGGAGCAGCUCCCUCCCCGAGCCAUUCAGAUGGUCUCGCAUCCCUUCUUCGGCCGCGUGGUGCUGACCGCCGGCCCGGCGCAGUUCGGCACGGACUUGUCCAAAAGCGCCACAGGGGUUCGAGGCUUCGUCACCCUGGCCGAGCCCUACACGGGCUGCAGCGAGAUCACCAACGGCGAGUAUGUGCAGGGCCACAUUGCGCUGCUGCAGAGGGGCCAGUGUAUGUUCGCGGAGAAGGCGCGACACAUCCAGAAGGCCGGCGCCAUCGGAGGCAUCGUCGUCGACGACAACGAGGGAAGCAGCAGCGACACGGCGCCGCUCUUCCAGAUGGCGGGCGACGGCCGCAGCACGGACGACAUCACCCUGCCCCUCCUCUUCCUGUUCCACAAGGAAGGCAACAUCCUGCUGGAGGCGCUGAAGGAGUACAGGGAGGUGGAGGUUUUGCUCAGCGACAAAGCCCGAGACCGAGCCGCCAUAUUCAAAGGUAAACCUCUUCCUGGGAGUCUGUUUGAGGGCAGCGCCGACGUCCGCGAGGCGGAGGACGACUGCCGGAGCGAGGCCGCCGCGCCCGCUUCCUCCGUGCCCAUUGGCCAGGCGGCGGAAUCCGAGUCGGAGACGGCGGAAUCCGAGUCGGAGACGGCGGAAUCCGAGUCGGAGGCCGCGGAAUCCGAGUCGGAGGCGGCGGAAUCCGAGUCGGAGGAUCGAGACCCCGGUCCGGUCCAAAAAGAGGACGUCAGGCCGACGGAGGCCGAAGCGCCCGGAGCGGACUCAGGGGAGGAAGAGGAGCGCCGCGGUGACGCGGACGCCGCCGGCCAAUCGGCGGACGAGCUGCUGGCCGAUUGGCGGGACGACUUGGAGGCCUUCCGGCAAAUGGAAAGAGACGAGCUUUGAUGCUCCCAGCCAAACGGUGAACGUUAACGCCGCCGUGUUCGGCGCACGGUGCCGAGGCGAGGCUGUUCCAAACCGGCCGUCGGCGGACCCCGUUGGCGUCCUUUAAAACCCGCUUGAUGACUGAGUGGGGUUCGUACCCACAGUGGCAAAAUUCUGUGAAUUUUUAACGUUGGAAACUUUACAUGGGAAUUAAGUGGGGGACUUUGCGGUUUUUAAAACACGCGCGAGAUUUGAAUGCAGCCUCACUUCAUGAAUUAUUUUCCAGAUGUGGAUAUCGCGCCGUAGUUUCAGGAAAGCUCCCGAAGCCCAAGCUAACAGGUCGCCGCGAGGCUACGGAGGGGGUGUCCCCGCAAGUCCAUUCCAAAUGUUUAACACCUUGUGGGGAUCACACAUUCUGUCUGUGAUAGGUUGUUCUUCCUCAGGCACGGCGGUUUCGUAGUUUAAAAACACAAAUUUUCCCUUUUUCGACAGGAUGGAAGGGAAUUCGUUUAAUAAGGAAUUUAAAAUAGAGUCAGGAAAAACAUAUUUGAGCAUAAUCCCCCGACAAUCACAUUUCACCUCGGCAAAUGACGACCAUUUCGGCGGAUUCAGUUGUCUUCCGUCAUUUAUUUUUAUCGUUUUUGAAUAUUUUGAUUGUAAAUACACCUUGAGAGCCAUCAUCUGUUUUCUUCCGUGUGAGGAGAUUUUUUAGGGGGAUGAGAGAUCUCCACAAACUUUGCCACUUGAGUCGAGUUAAAAAAAAAAAAAAAAAUAUAUAUAUA